AUGUCAGUGUUUUCGGCAUUUCUGCUCUGCCUGUUCGGUUGGCAACUGACUUCAAGCGCUGUCUUCGCGCAUAAUCUCGCCUGGGGAGCUCUUCCGUCGAAUCUUGACCCUGUCUAUCCUUUCCAACUCCUUCCCACUUCCUCUACCAGUGAUGAUGGGUACAAGUGUGCCAAGGAUAAAGGAUGUAAAAUAGGAUGCUGUGGACCCAUUGACUCCACUGGUUCGGCUUUUUGUGGUUUUGGUCCUGAAUCCUGCGGCAAAAAUUGCACCUCGAACUGUGAUCGCAAGAGCGAAUGCGAUCCUGGUUGGGGUAAAGAAUGGUCUCAAGCGUCCACUUGUCCGCUAAAUGUUUGUUGUAGCAAGUUCGGCUUCUGCGGAACCACCAAGGACUUCUGUGGCGAUGCCACCGUCGUGUCUCCCCAAUGCGGCGGCACCAGUGCCAAAAAGCGUACAGUUGGGUAUUACGAGGGGUGGAACUUGGAACGCCCAUGUGGAAAAAUGGGACCAGCCGAUAUCCCUCUCGGCUUCUACACUCACAUCAACUACGCAUUCGCUUCAAUCGACCCUCAGUCAUUCCGCAUCACUGCCAUGGACAAUCUCACUGCGUCAUUGUACCAGGGCGUGACGGCACUCAAGCGCCAACAGAGUAAUCUCGAGGUGUGGAUUGCCAUUGGGGGAUGGGCAUUCAAUGACCCGGGUCCGACUCGAACCACUUUCUCUGAUCUGGCCGCUUCCGAGGCCGCUCAGGAUACGUUCUUCGGAUCCCUGAUUAGCUUUAUGCAGAAUAAUCGGUUUGAUGGCGUAGAUAUCGACUGGGAAUACCCUGUGACAGAUGAACGGGGCGGGAAACCCGAGGAUUAUGUCAAUUUUGUGACUUUGGUGAAGAGACUGAGGGAACGGUUGAACCAGACAGGAAGGAAGUAUGGAAUUUCCAUCACUCUGCCGACAUCCUACUGGUACCUGAGGGGAUUCGAUAUUGUCAAUCUCGAGCCGCAUGUGGAUUUCCUUAACGUCAUGUCUUAUGAUAUUCACGGCACUUGGGACUCCACGAAUAAGCAGCUUGGACCGUACGCCUUCGCACACACUAAUCUAACGGAGAUUAACAGCGCCCUAGAGCUUCUCUGGCGCAACAACAUCAAUCCGGAGAGAGUUAACCUUGGACUAGGCUUCUAUGGCCGCAGCUUCACGAUGAAGGAUCCCGGGUGCAAGAAGCCUGGCUGUGAGUUCUCUGGAGGGGCGCGAGCAGGCGAAUGUACCGGCACACCAGGAGUGCUGGCCACGUAUGAGGUCAACAAGAUCAUUCAGAAGGGUGGUACCGACGUGACUCUCGACAAAGACGCGGCGGUUACCAUCGUAACCUGGGACAAGGAUCAAUGGGUUUCCAUUGAUAACCAAGAGACCCUACGGAUGAAGAUGGACUAUGCCAACAAGCGGUGCCUUGGGGGAACUAUGGUCUGGGCAAUUGAUCUGGAUGAUGGAACUAUGAUCGACGCUCUAGGGGGUGCUAUGGGAAAGAACAAAUCAAGGAUUCUCCCUGCUCGGCGCAAUCCUAUUCCUGAAGCUGGGAGAAGAGACGUUGAUGAUGUUCUGGGGUGGAAGAAGUGGUGGAAGGAGCAUAGGAAUGAACUGUGA